GGAUGUUCAACUUGACUAUAGAUGGCGCAAAGACUCUAAUGGCUAAUGGUACAGACUAUGGUAUACACGCUUAUUGAAAUCUGUGAAAUGUAUAUUUGUGGAUCGUUUUAUCAUUUGUUCUAAAAUGCCUCGAAGAAGCAGUAGCUCAGACAGUGAUCGUACUUCCAGAAGAAAGAAAAAAUAUAAAAAACGAAGUAGUAGUUCCUCUUCUAGUUCAUCUUCUUCGAGCGAUAGUUCAGAUAGUAGUAUAGAAAGAUAUUCUCGGAAAAGAAAGACUAGUCGCAGAAGUAGGUCGUUAUCGAGAGAGAAAUAUCGUCGGAGAAAAUCCCGUUCACAUUCUGGUUCUCGAAAAAGUAGCCCUACAAGAAAAUCUCAUCGGUCACCAUCUCCAAAAUAUUCCAAAAGUAGAACCCGUAGAUCUCAUUCAAGGUCAAGGAGCACAUCACAUAACCAUUCAAGUAGAAGACUCUCAAAACGAUCAAGAUCAAAGUCACCAAACCGUAAUAGGAGAAAGUCCUCAACCAGUAGAAAAAGUUCCAGUAGUAAAUCUGUAAGAAAUGCCAGUUCAGGAUCAGGUAAUCAACAGAAUGAAGAUGAAGUCCUGAAAAUAAAACUACAACUAGCAUUAAAAGCUGCAGCUAAUGCUGAUGCAGAGCUUCGAGAAAAAGGGUUAAUAUGUGGGACCAAGGGGGCAGGUGAUUCAACAAAGACUCCUGUUUCAACAGCUGUGUCAGUUUCAGAGCAGUAUAAGAGAGCUCAAACUAUUGAGGAUAUCAAUUCACCGUCCUUCAUUCAACAGUCUUUUGUCUCUAGUAAACAAGGCCAAGUUCAGUCAAAUAAAGAGAUGAAUGAUAAUUCCUUCAGACUUGAUGAUCAUACUUCAGCAAUCUAUGGAACAUCCUUGAUAAAAUCUUCAACAGCCAAUCCUAAUACUAAAUCAAGUAUUUCAGCAACUAGUACUUCUCUGGGAAGAACCUGGUGGGAAAACUCAGAACUGCUUUGUCAUGAGAGUCUAUUUGAAGACCCAGAAGUGAAAAAAGAGAGGUGGAAGAAGAAGUUAUCAGUACUGAAGAGGAAGAAAUUAAAUGGAAGAGUCAUGACCUGAGAUACAUUCUUCUCAUAGAAUUAUGGUGUGAUGUUCACUCAGUAGAAAAAACAACAGUUGGUAAUGAUCAGUGACUGACUAUAAAGGACCUAGCUCAUAGUGUGUACAGUGAGCCAAUUGUCUAGCUUGAUAUUUUGACUGUUGUGAGCUGAAUGAACUCUCCACACUGUUGGAGUUCUAUACAUUUUAGUAACUUGGAACUGUUGACAAGUUAACAAAUCACUGAAGAUUAACUAGCUUCACUUUAAGACUCUUGGACACUGUUAACAUCUCUCUUAUGUUUUGUAGAAUCUAUUCCAGUGUAUUGCAGGAAAAUUCUUAAUCUUUCACCUAUGGAGGCAGUUUGGUUGUAUUAAAGUAGAUGUUUUGUGGAAGCAGUUCCAUUGUGUUGUAGGAGAUUUUAAUCUUUUGUGAAUAGUAAAUUGGUCAUCACAUCUGCUUAUUCUAUUUUUUGUCAUUGUUUUGUUGUUUUCUCUACCAGAAUUUCAGUUAUUUUCUUGCAUCUUGCAGUAUGAAAUGAACAGUAAGUAUAGAAAAAUUGGAAUUCUGUUUCUUGUUGAAGUUAUACAUUGGAUUAAAACUUGGCAAGUGAACUGAUCUAAUGUGUACCAUACAUGACAUUAAUCAUUCAUGGUCAUUUGGUAAAAUACUUCUAGGUAAAUUUGUGGCUUCAUUUUUACAAAAUUUAUAUGAUGUUAGCCAAUCCAAUGAAAUGUUUAUUAGCAUUUCAAAAUCUAAAGCUUCUGAUUCACGAGUGGUGUCUACAAAAAGACCCUGUUUUAGUGUCUUUUGUGGUUAUAAUUUAUAACAGAAAAAAUGGAUAAUUUAAAUAGAGAUUAAAUUAUAAAUAUGUUGUUUUUUCCCAUUAUCAACAUCAUCAUCUUCAUUAAUAAGUGAAAUAAUUUACCAAACAUUUUUUGCACAUUUAGAAUAUGUAAUAAUUGAAAUGUGGUCUUUACAUUGAAACAGGUAUGAAAGCUUGGGACUCUGAAAUAUAAUAUUACUCUUAUUAUUAGACAUUGUGUGAACAUGUUGUAUAAGUAGCAUCUUUUUUUUUAUCAUACUAUCCUUAAUUGUAAUGUUUUGCCAAAUGUUGGUUGUCAGGUUAACAAAUGGAUAUUGUGUCUCAAGUUUCUUGACUAAUUGGUGUUAUAAUUAUAAAUACAAACCCCAAAACUUGUUAUAAUCUUCAUUACAGUUACCUUUUUCCAUAUCCAAGUUGUUUCUUAAUAUGGUAUACUAGUUUUAAGUAAUUAAAAAUGAACGGUUUGAGUGAUUCAUGCAGAACAAGAGUCUUAAAAAUUAUCAUUAAGCAUACCAGCUUAUAUGACAAAAAGAAUGAAAAAACUUUUAUACUUGUGGCUUAUCCUUGUUUGUAAUACAUUACAAACUUCAUGAAAUUUACAUAAUGAUCAAAAUGUUUGGUUACAUCUUUCAUAAGUCUGGCCCACAGUAGUACCAACAUUUUAUAAUAUGUUGUGCCGGCUAUGGCAUUAAGCGUCAUUUGUAAAACAACCUUGUAAUUAAUUUUAAAAUCAACUAAAAAGGGGAUUUUAAUAGAAAUAAAAGCAUACAAUGUUUUAUCAAGUUAACUCUUCAUCUUUAAAUUGGGUAAUUUUUUUAAAACCUCAAAAGGAGGACUUGACGAACAUUAACCAUCCAGAUAUUAGUUUAAUUCUAUAUUACUUUUAAAAAGCUAUAAAGAAAUGGUGAAUGAAUACUUGUGUAUUACUUUUCAGCUUAGUAAUUAACAUUUCUUUAAUCCUAUUUUUACAAAAAAAUGUUCUCGCACUCCGUUUUAAAAUUAACCCGAGUUUCAUUCAAGUACUCAAAAUCAUAAAAACAAAAAAAGAGAGAUAUCUACAUUCAUUCAAGUACUUAAUUUCUGCACCAUUCCCCAAUAUGUAAUGCAUUUACAUUAGUGUGAUAAAUUAUUAUUUUUUAAUAGAAGUAACCAAGUUUUAUGACAGGAGUAAACUUUGGUUUGUAGAUGGUGAAUUUUAACAUCUUACAACAUGCAGUAAAUCACGUACAAAAGAUAGGAACGAUGAACUGUGCUUUAGGAUCAACAACCCUUGUUUCAUAACUUUUAUUAUCUGUAAGUCUGAUUUUGUGAUUCUCCAUGGCUUCAUUUAACUUUAUUAAGUUCUGAUCAAAGCAAGCUACUCAGUUUGUUUACUCUAAUAAAAGGAAAUAUUAUAAACAAGUAAAUUAAUUUCUGAAAACAUCUUUUAAUUACAAAAUCAUAACAUUGAAUAACCAAAGAUAUUUUUAUUGAUAACCUUCAUUAAGAAUCAUAAGUGGAUGACUAGGUUCAUACAAUAUCUGUAUAGGUAUGUUUUAGAUCAUUUUGGCAUUAAAGUAAUGAUAAAGCAAUGUAGGAUUUAUUUCAUUUUCUAUGGUAAAUUUCAGGGUUAACUUGUCAAAAUGUUGUGUAUGUCAAUUUUAUUAUUUCCAUUAAAUUCCUGUUUUAGUCA